AGUCUUCCUCACGUCUUCUCUUAUGAUAGCCUCACGUCCAGCAUGUUCAACUUGCGCUCCGUAAUUUUCCUCGUCAUAUCCUACGUGGUGAUCCCGCGCCUCACGUUCCUCCCAAAGAAUGUCCAUUCAAUACUCAUAAUAUUUGGGCCUUUCCUCAUCCCCCGCGUCUUCGAUUGGAUAAACGUAGCCCGCGCGACAUCGCGAAGCGUACCCGUACGGCCCACGCCACCAAGAGUCAAGAAUGCGCUCAACCUACUGUUUCUCAGCGCUGUCGUGUGUCUCGUCCUCUCGCUGUCCCGAUUUGCGCCAGACAACAUAUUCCUGAGUACACAGAGCCAUAUACGAACCGAGACAAGCGUGCUAUUCGCACGACUGAGGCAUCUUCGACCGCUUACAGACGAGGACGAUGCGCUACGGACAAAGUUUGGUGGGAGUGCGCGCAACAAGCUGCUAUACCUCACAUAUGGCCCGGACACGUUGCUAAACUGCGUUUGGUGCACCACGGCCGAUGCGAAUGACCAGCAGAACUACUUUCUAUACAGCCUACCGAAGAUUGUAACGCCGCAUAUCUUCCAACUCGGUGUUCUCGGCCUCGCUACAUCCUCGUUGGUUGGAAGCGAGGGAUCACGAUUUCGUACGCAUGCGACCAUCGCGGGCAUACUGCUUAUGGUGGUGGAAACGUGGUAUAUGGGGACGUAUGACAUAACUAUCAACAAGCGGGCCAAGUUCGUCCAAGAUCUUGACUCGGUGUACUGGCGUAUUCGUUUCCUGCGAUACAUCACCUUCGCCGUAGUAGACAUCGGGCUUGCCUUUGUUCUCUGGGCAACGAGUACGAAUCGCUGGCUUGCAAAGCCCGUCUCAAUCGCCGAACGGAUCGAAACGACGACACGACAGGCGGAGGAAACAAUGAAUAAGAUGCGCGCACUAGGGUUGCUCACAAACUCGGUGAACCGCGACCCUGCUCUACGGGGCGUGAGGGAAGAAUACUGGAGGACAGAGGGGCAGGUCAUGGCAGAGACAGUGCAGGAUGAAGCAGUCACGGAGCAGAUCAAUAACGUUAUCAGCAAGAUGGACUUCAGCGCGCUGCAAGGACGCGUAGGAGAAGUCGCAGACGGCAUUUUGAAAGGCAUCGACGGCAUGCGAACAUCCCAGGUCAUGGCUGCGAGCCAAAUAAACGACCCCUCGGAAACGGCGGCAUCUUGAAUUUUGCGGUAGAUUUAUUUGAGCGACAAAGUGGCGGAUAUAGAUGGAGUGGGCUAUAUACGGGAAACUACACGGAGAGCCAUGUAUGCAUCUCGGUGGAGACUCCGUACGUAGCGCCCCUUGAAGAGCUGAACUAUGUUUGCCAUAGCGUAGAUUUUGAUACCCAUAGGUCAAUCGACUUUUUCUUCCUACGUCAAUCUUGUUGAAGUUUUCCAACGGCGAUUUUCUUAGACCGCCGUUUGCCGAGACGCAUUGUGAACUUCGCUGCGCACUGCUCUUCCAGCU